UUUGAGGUAUUCACUUUCUGUAUGAUGUGAUGUAUUCGAGCUGGUACCAUCAAGAACAAUCACUAACGGGAACCGUUUAUGACUCUUCCAUGUUGCACAUGCGAAAUAUGCUGCCGACAUUGUUACGAAUAACAUCAUUAACAAAAGUGGUGCAGGUACCUUUCCAUGUGGGUGCAUUUCUCAAAACCGGCGAAUAUGAAUGUCGAAAUUCAGCAUCGGAAAGCGAGAUCGUUCAUGUUAAUUUCAUUUUACCUGACGGAACAAUCAAGAAAGUUAGGGGCAAAGUUGGUGACAAUGUUAUGUAUCUAGCACACAGGUAUAAAGUCGAUAUUGAAGGAGCAUGUGAGGCUUCGUGUGCUUGUUCUACUUGUCAUGUAUACGUCGAUGAAAAGUUUUAUCAGAAAUUACCUGAAGCAAAGGAAGCCGAGGAUGAUAUGCUGGAUAUGGCCCCCGCGUUGAAGCCUAAUUCGCGUCUUUCAUGUCAAAUCAUUUUAACCAAAGAAUUAGAUAAUAUCGUAUUAACUUUGCCUCCAAUAACUAGAAAUUUCUAUGUUGAUGGUCAUGUACCGACGCCACACUGAUUCAUUAAUGUCGCUUGGUGUUUCUGAAUUUAUAUAAAACAUUAGUUUGCAAGUGCCAGAUUACAAAAUAAUUAAAUUUUUGUCAGAGGAUGUGCCAAAUGUCUGACCAUUGUCUCUAGAGAUCAUUUUGACUUUGAAAUUUCCUUUGAAAGAUAUUGUGUCUUACAAGACCUUUUCGAAAUAAUAUUGGUCAAUUCUGUUCUGACUUCUUCGAAUUUGUGAAUAUGUUCUUAAUUCUUUUCUCCUGCAUUUCCCGGUGAAGUAUGCUGAGCGUGCUCGUAAUUCUGCAAGGAUGUAGCUCUAUGGAAUUGUGCUGUUGUGCGGGUACUUUUUUUCCUAUUUUUGUGUUGAUCACUUCCAUCACUUUUGCUAAUAACUCUAAAGCAUUACAUGUAUUACGUAGAAUCAAAUCGAUUAAAGGAAUAAAAUUCCAUUUAUAUGUUUGAUGUUCGAUGUUAUAGAAGAUAAUCCUCAUAUUAAAUAUCAUCCAUUCACUAAUAAUGAUACCAGUUUGAUUUACGUACUGUGUUUUAAAUUAGGGAAUAUAGUUUAUGGUUAACAGAGAAGAAGGUUAUGCCUAGAGACAUGGAUUCGAGGUUUUUUUUCAAAAACGAUUCAAG